AUGCUUUCCCGUGCUUCUUCUGCUUUGGCCCCCAAGGCCUUCAAGGCCGCCGCUGGACGCGUCGCCCCUGCUGCUUCCACCGCUGUCGGAAACCGCAGUUUCAUGAACUUUUUCUCUUCUUCCAUCAAGGCUGACUUCCCUGAAGACAUCUCUGAGGAACAAGUUCGCAAGUUGUUUUACUUGUGGAACGACGCCCUUGCCACUCUUGACCCCAAGCAAGUUGCCGAUCGUUACUCCAGCGACCCCAUCCUUCUCCCCACUGUCUCUGACGAGCCACGCACUGACUACGCCGGACUUGAGGACUAUUUCACCAACUUUCUUCAAUUGAAGCCCCAAGGAGAGAUCAUUGAUGGAAAGAUCAAGAUCGGACCCGGAUGGUGCAAGGAUGCUGGUAUCUACGAAUUCACCAUGGGUGCCAGUGGAGAUAAGGUCAAGGCCCGUUACUCCUACGUCUACGUUUACGAAGACGGUGAAUGGAAGAUUGCCCACCACCACUCUUCUGUCAUGCCUGAAGCCUCCAAGGGACAGACCAUCACCGAGCCAGAGGCCAAGGAACUCUUCCACUUGUGGAACGACGCUCUUGCCACCCUUGACCCCGACACUGUCGCCAAGCGUUAUUCCAAGAACGGAGUUCUUCUCCCAACUGUCUCUGACACUCCACGCACUGAUUACGCUGGAAUCCACGAUUACUUCACCAACUUCCUCAAGAUGAAGCCCCAAGGAGAGAUCGUCGAGUCUUAUACCAUGACUGGCGAGAACUGGUGCAAGGAUGUCGGUAUCUAUGACUUCACCAUGGGAGCCACUGGAGACAAGGUCCGUGCCCGAUACUCCUUCGUCUACGUCUUUGAAGACGGAGAAUGGAAGAUUGCCCACCACCACUCCUCCAAGAUGCCCGAAGCCCCUGUUGGCAAGGAAAUCUCCGACGAAGAAUGCCGUUCUCUCUUUUACCUCUGGAACGACGCUCUUGCCACUCUUGACCCCAAGCAAGUUGCUGAUCGUUACUCCAAGAACGGAGUCCUUCUCCCAACUGUCUCUGACGAGGCCCGCUCUGACUACGACGGAAUCCACUCCUACUUUGUUGACUUCCUUCAAAAGAAGCCACAAGGAGAGAUCUUGGAAUCUUUUGUAACUUCUGGACCAGACUGGUGCAAGGAUGUCGGUAUCUAUGAAUUCACCAUGGGUGCCACUGGAGACAAGGUCAAGGGCCGAUACUCUUUUGUUUACGUCUGGGAAGAUGACGAAUGGAAGAUUGCCCACCACCACUCUUCUGUCAUGCCCGAGGGUAUGUUGGCCGCCGCCGCCAAGCUUGCUGAAUUGGAGCAGAAGGCCGCUUAA